AUGGAUGCUCGAGAAGAGUUUUCGCCAUCGCCUGACCGAUCGAUUGAUCGGGUUGCUCCCCCGCCUUUGAGAUCGGAUUCGAAGUUCGGGAAAGGGAAAGGAGCGGUAAGCGGUUUGAAUCUUCCCAUAGAUCGAUCGGUCGGUACCCGACUGCUACCGUCGGCGAUUGUGCCUCGCCAAGGCCUUCCGCGUGACUCAGAUCCUAGGGAGUUACCUCAGGAGGAUGUAGACGGUGAUUGCGUUGUCGAGGGCACAGAAGAGAUCGUUCCGGCCAGGGAAAAAGGUGAUCUCGCGAUAGAGAGAAGAAGCGAAGGCGAUUGUGCGGCGAAUGAGAUUAGGCGGGAUCGAGCCACCAUCGUUGACGGGACCCCCGACGGAGGCGUCGACGAUCGGUUGAUCGGCCCGAUGGGGAAAAUUCACCGACUGACUCCCUUAUGCUACCGCCAUGAUGGUGCCAUUGGGCAACUCUUGGAUCUCCCGUCGAAGCUUGCUCGGCCGUCCGUAGUGCAGGGACAGAGUUGGGGCGAUGUUUUGCCGACUGAGUCAACUUUCAGAAGUGUGUCUUCGCUGUUGAAGGAGUGCGGAGCGUAUGGCAUCGAGUUUAUUAUUCUGCGGCCCGAUCAGCGGCCUUGGACUCCACCGAUCGGCUUUCAGUGCGUCUAUGAAUCAUUCUUUCAGAAAGAUUCCAGGUUGUGGUUCCCGAUCCCUCGUCUGGUUACUUCUUAUUGCGUGCACCGAGACAUAGCUAUGACUCAGUUGAUGAUCGGGGCCGUGAGGAUCGCCGUUGCGUUGAUGGUGGUGGCAGCAGAGAACAAUGUGUCAAUGUCGGUUUGGAUUUUCGAGGAGUUGACACAGACCCAGCCAAAACCGAAUGGUUUAUUCGCGGUGCAAAUGCGUUCGGGGCUUCACAUCUUGACUGUUGCUCAUCCGAACACCAUCGGCCCUCAGGACACCUUCUGGAAAGACGUUCCGAAGGUGGUGGUGCUUAAUCAGCAGACGUGGGCGAGUUUCGAACGUCAGAGAAUCAGUUGCCAACAGAAGCGCAUCGUAAAAGUCGAUUGGUCGCCAGAUGUUCCGUGCGUGACGACGACCGGGAAAAGGAUGAAACUUCCACUUAUGGGGCACAUUCCGAAAGCAUAUCCGAGCUACAGCGAGCUCCUACGCACUCAGCUAAGAGGUGAGAGCUUCAGCUCCAUGGCUGCGUCUGAGGGCGAAGAUGCCGAGCCUCUGAGAUCUCCGGCCAAGGAGACAGUGAUCGGAGGGGGAGACGUCGCGGCUUCGGAUUCAGUGGUCGAAGGGACAGACGUUUCAACGGCCGAUGCCCCCAGUGUUAGUUUGUUGAAGAAGAAGAAAAAAAAGAGAAACAAGUCUUCUAAAAAGGUAGCGGUCUGCUCCGGGGAUGAGAAAGACUUAGGGGAGAAAAAUCAGGUGGAAGGCGAUCAUUCGACUAGCGAGGCGGAUGGCUCUAACGAUCUGACCGAGAUGGGCCUUGUCGGAUCGAUUAGUGCGAAGAGGAAAGAGCCGACCGACGGGAAUUUUCUUGGACCUGGCGGAAAGAUUCAGAAGAGGUCGCGAGGUCCUUCUCCUCUUUCUCUUAAGGAGAUUGCUUUACCGGUCUCUCGCUUACUGCCUUGGGGAGGGUUGAGUCCUCCGUCCGAUAGGUUUUCACUAGCCUCAUCUGAGCAUUGGACCUUUUGUCAUGACAAGGACUCGCCGUUCGUCAGCGAAACUGAUGUGUGUGCUGAGCUUGUUCGUCGGAUCCGUGGUGGCUCACACUUGAUGCCGGAGACUUCCGAGCUCGCGUUUCCGGAUGGGUUUAUCGCAUCUGCUCAGGCCGACGUGGAAGCUGCUGUCCGUAAAAACCAACUCAUUUUGGAUUACGAGCUGUCACUGCGUAGGAUGGCUUCAGAUUUUGCUAAGGCCGAAGCGGCAAUCAAGAGCAAGGAUGCGGAAAUCGAGAAGUCUAAAAGGGUUGCUCUGGACAAAGCCAAGGAGAUGAUCGCCGAGCGAAGCCAUUUUCAUCGUGAGCACAAGCAGGAUGCUGAGAUAAUUAAAGGUCUUGAAGGCGAAUUGGAGGCUGCUCAAAGUAGGAUCGAUCGAUUGGAGGCAGAGAAGGCCGAGGAGGCUGAGAAGGCGAAGAGGACGAUGGAUCAUGUGAGACAGGUGCACCGCCGCGAGCUUACGUUCGAGAUGAGUUGUAUCGGAGCGGCGGCGGUGGAUCGUUUCGACAAGUUUAGGAGAUACAUGGUCGAUCGAGAUAAGCGUGAGGAGAAGCUCGUUCUCCACAGUCAGGCUUUCGGAACUUUGGAUGGGCUGGGCAUGCUGGAAGAGUGGGGGAUGCCCGUCCCGAAGAAGUUGAAGGAUAUCUUGUCUGCCAACGAGGUAAAGUUCAAGGAAGAGCUGGAGGGAGUUGUCGUUGAAGAUAUCACGGACCACGAUCUCGCUGUCUCCUCUCUUCCUCGUCUCGAGUGA